CUAUCUGCAGGCAGUAGCCAAGGAAGGUUAUGGUAUCUUAAAGUACCUUUUCAGGUCUUUGACCUGUGCUCUGGCAGGCAAAAAUGCCUUUGUUUCCCCCUGCAGCUGUGACCUCUUCAGCCUGAUCCCAUCUAUUCUGUUGUUUCAGACCUCUCCAGACAAUUGUUUCUUGUUGUUUUCUCCAGCUAGGUAAUGUUUGCUCCUCAAUCUCUUAGCUCAGGCCUAGUUUUCAUGCCAGCUCCUAGACUCGCUUCUCUGAAGCUCUCUUUUCCUCUGUAGUUUUCUUCCCUAGCUAGUUCCAGCUUAUCAUCUGAUGCGGCUAUUUUCUCAGCCUGUUCACGUUUGUCCCUGUUGCUCUUAGCCAGUAUUUUAUUUAUUUUUAAUUGCCUCAUAGAUCUAAUUUCUUCGUUUCUUCAGCUUUCCCAGUUGGUUCUCAGUUCCCUUUCCUAAACAAUCUCACAUCACUACACCUCGAUUUCUUCUUCCCAGUGUAACCUGCCAUCCCAAUUUUCAUUCAGUAACUCACUUUCCUAUUUUGGGGGGGGUCAUAAGGGGUUAUAUUACAAGAAUGCUUUUUUUUGUUUGUUUUGUUUUUAAUAUAUGCUCCUAUGGUGACAUUAGACAGCUUCUUCCGUUCAGCUCCUUGAAAAGUAGAUGCUCUAAUAGAGGUAGGCCCCACAUAGCGCGUAGCAUUGCAGAGCUCCGGUUGGAGUGAGAGCUGAUCCCAUCUAGAUAGGAUAGUACCCAAGGUCUGGAAUCUGUGAGCAGUUUAGUUACUAGUAUCCAGAAAGUCUGCUCGACAUGUGUGAACUUCUGUUCUUCAAAGACAUCUAACUGGACCACGCUCACCUGUACAUUGAAGAAAGUCCAUCUCUGAGGCGAAUGACGAUGAUGAGGGAAAAGGGAAGGCGGCAGGCCAUUAGAGGCCCGGCAUUCAUGUUCAACAACAGAGGCACUAGUCUAACUGCUGAAGAAGAGCGCUUUCUGGAUGCAGCAGAGUAUGGGAACAUACCUGUGGUGCGCAAAAUGCUAGAGGAGUCAAAAACACUGAAUGUCAACUGUGUUGACUACAUGGGCCAAAACGCCUUGCAGCUUGCUGUAGGGAAUGAACAUUUGGAAGUGACAGAACUUCUGUUAAAAAAAGAGAACUUGGCACGGAUUGGAGAUGCCCUGCUGCUCGCAAUCAGCAAGGGCUACAUUAGGAUAGUGGAAGCAAUUUUGAAUCACCCUGGCUUUUCAGUAAAUAAGCGACUGACUCUGAGCCCUUGCGAGCAGGAGCUCCAGGACGAUGAUUUUUAUUCCUAUGAUGAAGACGGCACCCGCUUUUCUCCGGACAUCACUCCCAUCAUUUUAGCUGCCCACUGCCAAAAAUACGAAGUUGUGCACAUGCUGUUGAUGAAAGGAGCAAGGAUAGAAAGACCUCAUGAUUAUUUCUGCAAAUGUAAUGACUGCACAGAGAAGCAAAAGCAUGAUUCUUUCAGUCACUCUAGGUCAAGAAUAAAUGCCUACAAAGGACUGGCCAGUCCGGCUUACCUGUCCCUCUCCAGUGAAGAUCCUGUACUCACUGCUCUGGAACUCAGCAAUGAGCUUGCCAAGUUGGCCAACAUUGAAAAAGAGUUCAAGAAUGACUAUCGCAAGCUGUCUAUGCAAUGCAAGGAUUUUGUGGUUGGUGUUCUCGAUCUCUGCCGAGACUCGGAAGAAGUGGAGGCCAUUCUGAAUGGGGAUUUGAAUUCAGAGCCAGUUGAAACGCAGCGACACAGAGCGUCACUGAGCCGUGUGAAACUGGCCAUCAAGUAUGAAGUCAAAAAGUUUGUGGCCCAUCCAAACUGUCAGCAACAACUACUGACUAUCUGGUAUGAAAAUCUCUCAGGACUGCGGGAGCAGACCAUAGCUAUCAAGUGUCUGGUUGUGCUGGUUGUGGCGUUGGGCCUUCCUUUUCUAGCCAUUGGUUAUUGGAUUGCGCCAUGUAGCAGGCUUGGAAGAAUUCUUCGAAGCCCGUUUAUGAAAUUUGUGGCACAUGCAGCAUCCUUCAUUAUUUUCCUAGGCCUGCUGGUGUUCAAUGCUUCAGACAGAUUUGAAGGCAUAACAACGCUACCAAAUGUCACCGUUACUGAUUACCCUAAGCAGAUCUUUAGGGUGAAGACUACUCAGUUCACCUGGACAGAAAUGCUGAUCAUGGUGUGGGUACUUGGUAUGAUGUGGUCAGAAUGCAAAGAGCUGUGGCUGGAAGGACCCAGGGAAUAUAUUUUGCAGUUAUGGAAUGUUUUGGAUUUUGGGAUGCUGUCCAUUUUCAUUGCAGCUUUCACGGCGAGGCUUCUAGCAUUCCUGCAGGCCACAAAAGCACAACAAUAUGUGGACAACUACAUUGUGGAGAGUGACCUCUCUGAGGUCACGCUUCCUCCAGAAAUAGAGUAUUUUACUUAUGCUAGAGAUAAAUGGCUCCCAUCUGAUCCUCAGAUAAUAUCUGAAGGCCUUUAUGCAAUUGCUGUCGUUCUUAGCUUUUCUCGGAUUGCAUAUAUCCUGCCUGCAAAUGAGAGUUUUGGGCCCUUGCAGAUUUCACUUGGAAGGACUGUUAAAGACAUCUUCAAAUUUAUGGUCCUUUUUAUUAUGGUAUUUCUUGCAUUUAUGAUUGGAAUGUUCAUACUGUAUUCCUACUACCUUGGAGCUAAGCUAAACCCAGCCUUUACAACAGUGGAAGAAAGUUUCAAAACCUUAUUUUGGUCAAUAUUUGGCUUGUCUGAAGUAACCUCUGUUGUCUUGAAAUACGAUCAUAAGUUCAUAGAGAACAUUGGUUAUGUUCUUUAUGGCAUAUACAAUGUAACGAUGGUGGUAGUUCUGCUCAACAUGCUGAUCGCUAUGAUCAACAGUUCCUAUCAAGAAAUUGAGGAUGACAGUGAUGUAGAGUGGAAGUUUGCUCGUUCUAAACUUUGGUUAUCAUAUUUUGAUGAUGGAAAAACAUUACCUCCACCAUUUAGUCUUGUACCAAGCCCCAAAUCUUUUUUCUAUUUCGUCAUGAGGAUCAUUAACUUUUCUAAGUGCAGGAGAAGACGGCUACAGAAGGACAUUGAAAUGGGAAUGGGCAAUUCCAAAUCUAGGUUAAACCUUUUCACUCAGUCGAACUCCAGAGUUUUUGAAUCACACAGCUUUAACAGCAUUCUCAAUCAGCCGACACGCUAUCAGCAAAUAAUGAAAAGACUGAUCAAACGUUAUGUUCUGAAAGCACAAGUGGACAGAGAAAAUGACGAAGUAAAUGAAGGUGAAUUAAAGGAAAUCAAACAAGAUAUCUCCAGUCUUCGCUACGAACUCUUAGAGGAUAAGUCCCAAGCAACAGAAGAGUUAGCAAUUCUAAUACAUAAACUCAGCGAGAAACUAAAUCCUAAUAUGUUGAGAUGUGAAUGAUUCAACAAACGAACCGUGGCUUCGACUACAGCACAACUAUUUAUUGGCAAUAAUAUUUCAGUAUCUUAUACUUGAAAAAUGUAUUGUAGAUUUUUAGCACUCAAUAACUUUAUGUACAGCUUCUCUGGAAUUUAGUCUUAGGAAAUUUUAUUAACACACCAUAAAAAGAUUGCUGUCUUAAUUUUAGUCAUCUAAAAGCAAGAACUAUCCAACUUUUUUUUGGCACUUAUGCAUUAAGAAGGUAAUUUUAUGAGUUGCUGAUAUUUUAACAGGUUUCUGAAUACAUACUGAAACUUCUUUGCACUAAAUUUGCAAGAAAAAAUUAAAAUAAUGGCUACAGUGUAGUAUUCUGUUCCUUGUAUGAAUAGGACCUUUGAUAAUACAGUAAAUCAAGUAGAGAGCAGCGAAGGGUUACUUGAAAUCUUUAUUCUUUAUUAGCGAUGCUAGUAGUAUGUAGAAGCUGAGACCUCACGGUAUGAUUACAAGGAGUUAAUGAAAAUCGGGUAAGUGUGACUGUAAGUGUAGUAGCACUGUCUAACGCCUCUGUACAUACACGUACCUGCCCUCCCGUUUCUUAAUUCAGCAUACUGACUUUCACUCGUAAGGACUAGACUUGUGUAUUUUUAAUGACUUUCCAAGGUACCGCGAUCUCAGUCUCUUCACGUGGUAGAGAUGAUUUUUUAAGAUCCCGACUCCGCGCAGGGCUGCUGUUCCGUCACCCUGUUCUGCCCCACGCCUCUGCUGCUUACUUGUUAAAUAAAAACCUCCAUUUUUUCCUCA